GUCGAAAUCGGAAGGCGCACAUACGGCUCGGAUCUCAUGCUUCCGUGACCUAUAAGUAGUCGCGUUCGCGUGGUCUCUUUGAAAACCCUAACAGGAGAGCAGCUGAGAGGAGAAGAAAAUCCCUAGUGUUAGGGUUUGGAGAGAGAGCACAACUGCGAUGACGUUUAAGCGCAGGAAUGGCGGACGCAACAAGCACGGCCGCGGCCAUGUCAACUUCAUUCGCUGCUCUAAUUGCGGAAAAUGCUGCCCUAAGGACAAGGCCAUCAAAAGGUUUCUUGUGAGGAACAUUGUUGAGCAAGCUGCUGUCAGGGAUGUUCAGGAAGCAUGUGUUUAUGAUGGUUACACUCUUCCUAAGUUGUAUGCAAAGAUGCAAUAUUGUGUUUCCUGCGCAAUCCAUUCACAUGUGGUUAGGGUUCGAUCUCGCACUGCUAGGAGGAAUCGUGAUCCACCUCCACGGUUUAGACGUCGGGAUGAUAUGCCAAAGCCCGGGCAAGCACCACGUCCAGCUGGAGUGGCAAAUCCAGUGCGCCCAUGAUGAGAGUUGCUGCUGCAGUGCCUUCUAUUUUUCUAGUUUGAAGCUGGGGGUGUUCACUUAAAAGGAAUCAAGCUUUAUUUGGAUUAGUAAGUUUGAAGAGGCCUUUUGUUUUAAUGUUUCAACAGUUUUUUGUUUUUUCAUCGUUUUGUUCAUCGGCAUACAGUAGUCCACCAUUACAGAUUACUGCUUUUAGCUUAAUGUUCCUUUUCCUUGCCGUUUGAAAUGGUGGUUUGAGCAAA